AUGCUAUUUCCGAGCCAAAUCGCGGGUGUAGAGGGGCGAGAGCGGGUGGGUGAGGUCGCCGAACCGUAUCAGAAAUGGUCUCGAGGACCAUCCCCUGGUGCUUCUGAAGCUGUCGAGGGGGAGUAUGAGCUUACUCCGAUAGUAUUACGAUGGCGUGGGCGUGUUGAGGGUGUGGGCGGGAGACUGCAGGAAACCCAAGGCAAGCGAGAACAUCAGAGAGAGCUGUACGACAAAGAAGGGCCAGUCGAAGCCCACGACAUGAGGGUUUGGGGACGCUGCUGGUGGGCGAUGUUGAGGGCGGCUCGACCAGGGCCUGCGCUUCCUUCCAGCCAGCAAAUGCGGAGCAACCAUAUCACCACCUUCUGCUCCGCAACGGCCAACCAACGCGUCACACCCCGAUCUUUCCCCUCACUUUGGCAUCCAGACGAGUUUCCACAUGGUGCAGCGACAGCAAUGGCGGCGACCUUCGACCUUGUUCUCCUCUCGUCGCCGCCCCUUGUAAGCGGCGGCUUAGCGGCGACCAAUAUGACCCCUCCAAAACACCAGCGACGCGCCAAGAUGGCAGCAUACUCGCCCACAGCACUCUCUCCGCUGGGGAGUCCAAAGAAAGUGUCAGUUGGCGCGUUAAAAUCGGGCCCUGGCACUACUACAGUCCCUGGCGGGGCUGCAAAGGGGUUUGCCACAGCUGCCAGUCUUGUCAAGUCGCACCACUUCAACCUCCAGCCAGACGACGAAUUCACCGAAGCUCGACGUGCAUAUUCAAGGCGGAACUCGCUACAGGUUUUAGAGAAGGUAGAUUCCUCUCCCCAAAAGCAGGCGAAGCAAUCUACAACGACUACGGCGGCGGGAGAUGGUGCUAAACCCAAGCCCAAGAAACCGAGGGCGCGGAAAACCCAGGCGGGCAAGGACGGGAGCACGCACAACGCAAGAACCCGGGAUGCACUCACAACGUCAGCAUAUUUCGCGGAUCCCCCCCCUACAAGCCACCUCGAGUCCCUACCGAGCCAUCUCCAGCCUCUUGCGCCGAAAGCCAAGACCACCAAAUCGAGAAAGCCGCGAGCGAAGUCGGAGAAAUUGGGAGACGACGAGACGCUGGCAAAACCGAAGAAACCGCGAGCUAAGAAGACUCGUAAAGUCGGGGCGUCGAGCGAGAAGCUGCCGCACUGCGAUACUGGCACAGAAUCUCGUUCACCGAUUGCUCAUCCUGAAGACAGUUCGAUUUGGGAUGUUCCCUCCACCCCUCGAUCUAGUAAAGCAGCAACACAGAAGCAGAGACCUCCCAAUGUUGAGAAUCCAGGGCUUGAUCUCGAGGAGGCAAUUCGACGGAGGCGAGAUUGGACGCCUGCGGAGGAUACGGGCGCUCCACAGGAUUUCACAGACAUAGCUAUGAAAGAAAACAACCCCCUGAUCAUGAAUACCAGAACGGAUCAUUUCACCGACCUGCUGUCAAGCUUUACCUACGCGCACACAGAGCUACAGCCUGCAACGAAAUCGAAACCACUGCCAUCCGAAGUUCUAAAAGCUACCAAAAAGAGGAGAGUUGAGCUUGUCGAUGUGCCCGCAAACCAAUCCAGCUCACGCCUAACGUCUCCAGAGAAGGGCAAGGCACCCAAAAAGAAACCGAGGACAAUCACAGACCUCGUCAUUGGUCAAUACGCCCAAAAAGAGCCAACUGCAGGUCCCGCCGUCACCAGCGAAUUCUUCGAGCCUCGCGCAACAACGAAGAAAAUCCCUCUUAACGAUACUCUCGCACGCCAUUCCUCAGCAAACCCGGCCCGCAAACGAUCCUCUUCGAAGUCUGCAUCCGAGAAGGGAGAGUCGAGGUCGAAAAAAGUGUCCGCCAAGACCGCCGCCAAACCUAAAAUAGUAGCCGACAAGCUCCUCAGCCCCACCUCUGCUGUCUUGCGGGUGAACAAACAAGACAUUCUCUUCGGCACAUCGAGUCAAUUGGCAAGACAAGAGUCGCCCAGCUUCAUUCGAGAGAUUCAACAAGCCAUUCGAGAGUCAGAGCAACAUGUCGAUAUUUUGCCGGGUGUCGCUCUGGGCAACAAGUCCAGUACUUUGUCGCUUGGACCAAGAUUAGGCAAGAUUCAAGGGAGACAGGGUUUAUGGGCUGCCAGCGCGCGAGAUGAAGAGGGCCAGCUUCUCGAGAGGCAGAACGACGUCUACAUUCUCGAACCAGAUCACAGACAAGCCCUCCCUUUACCGAUGGAUAACACAGUCGAUGAUCCAGACACUUCCUUUGCCGACAUUGACAACUUCAAGCCUCCUCCAGCAGCAACCGCCAUCUCGUCUGACUUACCAACUCCUCCGUCUGACUCGAACCCUCGCGAGAAGAUAAAGGAUUCCCUCGAGGAAGAUACGCAUGACCUAUUGUUCCACGAUAUCGAUAAGUACACAAUGGAGGCACCACCAUCUAAUCAGCAGACCAACUCCAGUUUCCUCGACAUCGACGACUUCCUACCUUCUACACAAUCUAUUCCUCCUCUACGCUCCCCUGGGCCGUUACCUACUCCCGCCACCUCAACUGGCUCACCAAAGAAACGGCGAGGCCGUCCUCCUAAGUCACAAUCCGCACCACCACAGCAGCGACCAACCCCACCUAAGAAAUCUCCAUCAAAAAAAUGGAAGUCAGCAACACACCCACCAGACACACCCCCAAGAGUUACGAAAAGAUUUGCCAACAUCGAAGAAAUCAAGGACUCAGAAGACGACGAAGCGCUCUCUCCCACCCCACCCCGAGUCCGCAAACUAGUCAACUCGCCUCCCCUCGAACUCCAACCCUCUCAAUCUAAGCUUAACACGACUAUAUCACCCGUCCCUGUCUUCAAAGCCCCACGCUUGCUAUUAAAGUGGGAUCAUGUAAGAACCAACCUAUUCCAAAACAUUACUCAAACCGUUCAGGGUCUGCCUCCAAGCACAAACCCCAACCAUCCCACCUGGCACGAAAAAAUUCUUCUCUACGACCCCAUUAUUCUUGAAGACUUCACGGCGUUCCUCAAUACCCAAACACCGAUUCGAGUGUAUCACAAGGCGUCGCAGAAACAGCUCAGGGAGUGGAAGGCCGUGCUUAAGGCGAGGGGCGAGAGGAUUGAGACACGAGGUGGACUUAAUAGUUUCGGUGGUUGCGAUAUGGGGGAAAUGGUGGAUGAUGAUGGUGAGGAGUUUGGGUUGGAGAUUGUGCCAGUGGUGGAGAAGGAAGUUGAGGACUGGAUGGUGCAGAAAUGGUGCGAGGAAUUGAGCAUUUGUUCUUUACUGAAGAUGGUGAUAGGUGGGAGCGAGCGCAUGGAGAAGGGAAGCCCGAGUGCAUGUUUAACCCUUUCGACCCUAGGUAACUCAUCUGGGACUGAACCCAAUCUUAUAUUUUACAUGAUUUGCCUCGCGGCCGCUGAGGCGACACGAGAAUUUCGCGCUAUCACGUGCAACCCCUUCACCGCUUUCCAAUCUCCCGAGCCUGACCCAACUUUCUAUCACUUCCACUCAAUUUCCGCGCUCGUUGCAAAUAUGGCAUUCACACAGGUACGAAAAUUUCUGACCCCGCGGUUAGCGUAUCACCCUACGUGGCCAGCCGGCGAAGUUCCUUCACUAGUGCACAUCCCACCUCCGCUUUCAAGCAAGGACUUUCGGCGUAGGUUACAAUUUCAAUUACGACAACUCACCGGCAUCUAUCAUUCAAACUGUCUCACCCUUGCAGCGUUUCCAACAGGAAGUAGCAAACAAACGUAA